AUGUCAAAUCUAAACGAUUUAAUAUCCCAACAUUCAACCCCAAGAGAUCUUGAGAUUUCCUUUAAUCGGCAAGCUGAUAUCGACAAAAUAGACCCAGAAACAAACACUUAUUUGCUUUACAAAUGAUCUGCUCGAAAUAUCCUCAAUCAUCUCGAGCUCUCAAGCAUUUUAGAAAUAGAAAAUCAGUUUGAAAAGCAGAAAACUCUCCAAAUUGAAGAAUUUGUAUGGCUGAUUUUGCAAGUAAUCCAACAUGAAAUCAAAGAAAAAGUGUAUGUAACUGCUGGUGCAAUAACUUUAUAUAUAGAAGUAUUAAAGCAAAAGCACAAAAAAUCCAUAUCUGAAGGCAUUCUUUGGAAUGAGCUGAGUGAAUAUAUGGGAUUUUCCUAUGAAUGGCGCUAUUUUGUCCUUGAUUUUCCUACUGGGAAAAUUUUUUGGUUUGACCAAACCAUAUGGUACUGGCCGAACUAAAAAAUUUUUCCAGUGGGGGAAAUCAAGGCCAAUGCAGCGCCAUCCACAGGGAAUUGCAAUAUUCUUGAGCUAGCUCUUAACAGUAAGAAUAAUCUUGAUCUCCCAGCAACCAAGCUAAUAGAAAACGCUCCAUCAAUUUCUGAAGCUCCCCUUGUAUUUGGAGCAAAAGAACAUCAUUUCAGCAGAAUCCACUUAAGUACCAGACUUCUUGACAAAUACCAUCAUCAAAGGUCAAUCCGGCAAGGAAUCUAUGCUCCAAGUGCCAAAUGUUUAUUUACAUUAGACCAAGUAUCCUCCCAUAUAAGAAUGUAUGGGAAUAACUCUCAGCUUAAAGGCAAAAUUGAGCCUGUAAAAAGCAAUCAUUUAUUUGAAGGGGUAAUUUUAGAUUUUGCCUGAAGUGAGCAAUAUCAAAGGAUUGGGGCCGCCAUGCAGGAUUUUUCAUUGACAUUUUGGGAUUAUCGUGACGAUUUUUCAUAUGAAAAAAUUUUAAAGACCAACCCUCCUGUUGAAGAACUGCAGAACCGAAUUUGGUUUGUGGACCGAGGGAUAUGGUUUACUACUGACAAAACUAAUGCACUGUACGAGUGGGAUAUAGAAACUGAAAACCCAACACUAUGACCUAACAGACAUGCUGGGAAAAUCACAGGACUAAUUGAGUUUAACGGAGUUUUGGCUACUUCAGCAUUAGACAGAAAUGUCGUCCUUUGAGAAAUGAAAAAUAAAGCAUCACUAUGUGUAAUUACGCUACCUGAUGUAAGCGCCCACACUUUAGCUUAUUCUUUUGAUUUUCAAUAUCUAGUAACCGCAGCCUAUGAAACAACACCAUUAGUGUGAAAUCUAGAAACAAUGCAAGAUAUCAGCAUUUUUGGAAAACUUGAAGGACAUGUACAUACUGUCUCAGCUAUGGCAGUCAUCAACGGAACUCCACUCGCCGUGACCGCAGAUGACACAGGGUUUAUCAAAGUUUGAGACUUAAGAAACUUAAAAUGCUUACAAACUCUGAAUCAAGAAAGAAUGGAAAUUUCAAAAAUAAUCCCUGCUGCAGGGGAGCAGUUUUUUUGUGCAGUAGGCUGCAGGGUUUAUUGGUUUGAGUAUGAAAGCUUUAUACAGACAAAUGCAAACGGCAUCAAUGUAAGGAAUAAAUAGAAUAAAGAAAUUGAGCCCACAGCUUUAAUAUACUCACGGCAAGACAAAGAGCUAUUAUUAAGCACAAAGUAAAGUUAAUAUAGAUCGGAUUUAAGAGUUUUUGAUAUAUAUACAGGAAAACAGUCAAGAAUUAUUGCAGAUGUCACUGAUGCAGCUAGCGAGGUCUGCCAAAUGACGUUGACUCAUUUAGGGAUGAGGGUGAUUAUAAGUAACCAAAAAGGCGAAACCAGAGAAAUCCAGCAUGCAAAUGGGGUUACUAUGAACGCAGUUACUAUGCACAAAGAAGAAAUCAUUUGUUUGAAUUAUUCUUUACGAUAUGAUAUGCUAUUUACUGCUGGAUGGGAUAAUCUUGUAAAGAUCUGGGCUGAUGGGUCUUAUUAUGAACCUUUAAAAGUAUUAUCAGACGUCCAUGAAGAUUCUUUAGCAAGGGCAGCUUGUUCAUGAGAACAAGGAAUAUUUGCAACCUGUAGUGAAAGUGGUGUGAUUGCUAUAUGAGAUAUUUUCAAUCUCUGCAGCCGAGGAAGCACCAAAAUUGAAGAAGAAGUAGACUCCAUUUAUUUAUCUGAGCAUUUACCAUUGCUUACAGUUGCAGAAAUUAGUGGAAGAAUUUCAGUCUACAAUCUUUCUACUGUAGAAAGUAUUCAUCAAGCCUUGUUUUGAAUAAGGGGAGAAUGCAUUGUAGAGCUUCCAAUAAAAAUUGCUUUUGAUGUAACUGAAGAAGAAUUUUUUGAAGAUAAUAAAAUAUUUGCGACUGGGGUUGAGGAAAGCGGAAAAGAGCUGAAAUAUGGGAUGUAUAUUGGAAGUGACCAUGGAUUUGUAAGCAUUUGGAAUGUGGGGAGGUUUAUUAAAGGAGUAAAAUCGAUACAAAGAGAGCCGGAUUCAGUUUUUAAUAAGAAAAUGAAUAUUGAUGCAAGCACUUUUGCAGCAAUUAUUAAUCUUGGAAUUGGAAGAACGAAAGCUUUAGCAAGCUCUCCUGAAGCUCAUACAAGCAAUAAUAGGGUGCAGAGAUGAAAAGCUCAUAAAGACAAUUUGAAUGAUAUGAUAGUUUGCCAAAUUUCAGAAAAACUGAUUAUAACUGUAGGAAAUGAUGCUGUUAUAAAGAUCUGGAACACAAAAGCAGAACUAAAAGGACAUAUCAACUUAACAAGGCUCCAGCCAGACCUAUGGAAUUUAAAAAUAAACACUUUUGCAUAUAGAGAACGACUUUAUUCUCAAGCUGAAAUUUUGCUUGCAGAACUAGCAAAUAAUUAUGAUUUAAACUAUUCUCUUCCAGUCAAGCAGCAUCUUCAUCAAUCAUCAACUGUAAGGACUUUUGAUUUAGUUGACGCUCAAAAUCGAGUGACAGCCCACUCUCUACCUAAAAUCCAUUCAGAAAAGCACAAAUCAAGCUCCACUCUGAGACAAAUUGACAUAAAAAAAAAAUCAGCAGACAAAUAUAAAAAAAUUUUUAACCCAAUUACAUAUGGUCUGAAAGAAUAUGACGAUGUAACUCCUCCAAAAAAAUUUGAACAAUUAGAACCAAUUGAAGACAAGCCUCCUCCGAAAAAAAGAAAUUGGGAAUCUGUAGCAGAUUUAGCUAAAAAAUUAGAUUCAAUUGACAAAUCCUUUGAUAAAACUAGUUAUCGGCAAACUGAAAGCCAAAUGUUUGCGGAUUCUUAUCAUGAUGAAGCAAAGAAAAAAAGAGAGCGAGAAUUUGUGCAGAAAGCAAUAAAAAAGAAAAAAAUUCAAAUAAAAAAUUCUUCAAGAAGCAGCAGUGUUCCGCUACUUCCUAGGAGGCCUUAUCAUCCGCCAAAGGCGCAUUCAAGGGUGUAUAAGCUUGUUCAAGAUUUAAAUAACCAAGUUAUAAAGUCGAUGAACAAAAAUUCACUCCCUGUGCAUAUAAGAAAUGCAACACCAAAUAAAUUGUCCAAAAUAUCAAAAGAUUAUAUGCUAAGCAAAGCUGAGAUGAUGUCGUCUCCUCAUUUUGGAUUGCCUAUGACUCCUGCAGAGAGUGCAGCAAAUAUUAUGAAAGGAUAUUUGGAGAAUCAAGAAAUGUUUGAUUCAGCUGCAAAAUCUGUAGUCAAACUUUAUCAAGAAAUGAGUGUUCUCAACAAAUUGAGCAAAAAUCUUUAA